CGAACGCAAUCUGAUGAUGGAGGAGAAAAGGGCUGAAUUGAAUAGCAAGUUGUUAGCAGCUAGACGGCAAGAGGUAGAAGAAAAGAAGAAACUACAUGCAGAGGGGGGGAAAUUGCAAAAAGCGUUGUAAGAGCAAAAGGACAAACCCCCUGCAACAGAAGAACAACUUGCCCUCCUCAGAGAGGCCGUCCUCCACACAAGGUAGGACAUGGCCUUAAUGCGUCAGACAUUACAACGAGUAGAGACGCAUCGGGUUGAGUUCGAGAACGUUUGGAAUAGCUUCUUGGAAAAGUCAGCUAAAGAUGUGGACCAUCAUGUUCAGACAUAUAUCAAGGCUUUGGAUGACCAUGUCACUAAGACCUUUACUCCUGAAGUUAUAGAAAAAAUUGUAAAGGGCGCUGGAGGCGGAGGAGGAGAUGGUGAUGACGAUGGCGAUGAUGAGAAGAAGGGGAAAAUAAGGGGUGAUCCAAAGGAGAAACUUUCGCAGGAGACCGGGCAGGUUAGUAAAAUAAAACUCAAACUGCCGUGGACUUAUAAUGGAAAGAAGGAAGAGAGUGUUUUGCAUUGGGCAGCGGCAGUAGAAACCUAUGUAUAUGGACAACGAAUCCCAUACUGGGACAGGGUGCUAAUGGCAAGUUCAUGCAUGGGAGGCGACGCCAUGAGCUUCGCCAUCUCGCUGCAAAAGGAGGCGGGAUGCAACUCGAUGGUAGAGUAUUCGCAGCAAAUGCGAAUCGAAGAUUUUUUGAAAUUGGUUAGAGAAAGAUUUGAGGACAAGAAUUUGGCACGACGUACAGAAAUGCUAAUCCUCAACCUCCCUGAUAGGAAAUGGAAAAGCACCUCCGCCUUUAAGGCAACUAUGGAUGAACUGUUGCGAUGCCCUGAUCAUGGGUUGACUCCUGCCCAAAUCUUAAAUAGCUUUGCACGAGCACUCCCGGAUCCCCUGAGGACACAACUCUAUCCCCGCGUCAAAGAAGAAGGAAUGACGUAUGAGAAGUUCGGCAAGAUCGCAAUAGAUCACGCCGGCUUCCUCGCUGAAGCGAACUAUUGCCAUUAUUGGAAGGAUCUGCAAGCGGGAAAGAAAUGGCAAAACCGCACGAUCUCAGGGUCAAUACCUGGGAAAGACAGUCUCCUUCUAACCAUUGAGGAAGGAGGCGCCGAGACCAUUUCUUGGGAUCAAGUAGAUUAUGGUCUUGACGAAUGCAACAGACCGGUAGCUCAGGAGGGGAGUUACGCGGCCGUUGUAGCCCGCGGGGGAGGGCGUCAAGGAAGAGGGCGUGGCCGAGGAAGAGGUCGCGGCCGUGGUGGACGAGGAUUCGGCACCCAGAGGGGUGGUGGUGAAGGAAGCCACUACGUGGGAGGAAGGGGAAAUGGUCCCUCACAAGGUGGCCGUGGUUCUUACUCUACCUGGGGUAGAGGAAGGGGCACUUGGUAUAACAAGUGGGACAAACCGUACCCACCACAUCCAGGCCUACCCGAAGGAGAGCCUUGGAAAGAAUUGGGAAUAACAGAAAAAGUCUGGCAAGAAAGAAAGAAAGCAGACCAAUGCCUCAAGUGUGGGGACCCCGACCACAUUGUCCCCUAUUGCCCGGAUUAUAGGGGGGCAAAAGGGAACAGCCAGUAGAGGUAUGUUGGUGCCGAUCUUCAAGAAAAGAUAGGAACGCGUAUCCCUCUGAUCCUGUCUAUGGAACCAUAAUUAAGCGAGUGCAAGAAACGCCAGCAGAGUUUCCUGAUCACAAGGUUACUCAGGGUCUAUUGUUUGAAAGAACUGAUGUGAAUGAUAGGCUAUGUAUACCAAAUAAUGAAGAGAUCAAGAGUUUGAUCUAAGGGGAAUGUCAUGAUACAGAAGGCCAUUUUGGGUGGGAGAAGACCUAUGGGACUUUGUUGCGUUCCUACACCUGGCCUCGAAUGAAAGCAGACUGUAUCGUGUAUGUGCAAGGUUGUCAAGUGUGCCAACGAAACAAAAGCACCACACAAUC